GAAUUUUCUCCUACCUCGUCUUUGCAGUUGCAGAGCCUCCCUUCCCCUCUCCUCUCCUGCUCCUCCUCUCCUACCCUCUCUGCCUCCCACCAAACCCUAAACAGAGCUCCGAAUCCCGCUCGUCUCUGCCCCCGCCGAGCUCGCAAGUUCCUGCUCGGAGCAGCCGAGCCGAGCUCAGAGUCCCGGGGGUCCCGGCCUCUCGGGAGUAUUCGAGUUCUUGGUGGGAGGGCAAGAAAUGGCGGAGGCGGAGGAGGCCAAGGUGGAGGGGACGAACGAGGAGGAGAGGGCGGGGGCGGAGGAGGAGGAGGAGGAGGUGGACGUCAAGUUCCGGCUCUUCGACGGCUCCGACAUCGGCCCCGUCCGCUGCAACGCUGCUACCACCACCGUCGCCGCACUCAAGGACCGCGUCGUCGCCGACUGGCCCAAAGAUAAAUCAAUUGUCCCAAAGACAGCUAAUGAUGUGAAACUGAUUAGUGGAGGCAAAAUUCUAGAAAAUGACAAGAAUAUUGCACAGUGCAGAGCGCCUUUUGGUGAUCUUCCCAGCACAGCUAUCACAAUGCAUGUUGUUGUCCAGCCAUCGUCAGCAAAGUCAAAACCAGACAAAAAGGCGAACAAGUUGCCUAAGACCACUCGCUGCUCUUGUACCAUACUAUGAAUGCCAAGUGUACUCCUUUCACAAUAAUCUUUAGGCCUGCCAAGAGAGACAAACUGAACACGAAGAAGAAGAUCCAGCGGUGGCAUGUAUGUUGUGAGGUGAUAUUGUAAUUGUAAGCUAGAUACUACACAAGAGUCGGUUCCCUCUGCUGCUAGGGAAAUAGUGCCCACUCUGGUCGCUUUGUCUGUUUUACCCCAAACAAAAUGUUCCUAUAUGAUGUACAAGAUACACACAUGUUGCUCUUGCCUCCUUCCUGGAGGAAGAGCCUGCCGUGUCGAGUCGGGGUUGUUGGGUGAGUGGCAACUGGAUUGUUGAUUCUCACUUGAGAUGCUCUGUGAAUGUUGUUGUCUUUUCUGUCC